AUGCGACACCGCCUUCUACUUGAAGUAGAUCAUAAUAAACGAUUCUAUAUAUGUCAUGAAAAUGAAAUGAAACAGAAAGUAAUCGAAUAUAUGAAUCAUACUGGCGCCUAUAUGUUACUACAAGAUCUGAAUCGAACAGAUCAUAAUUAUAUUGGACGCAUUUUAAAUACGAUUAUGCAACGCUUAACAACAAAAUUAAACGAUCUACUCGAUCGCAAAUGUAUUAGUGAAGAUCAAUCUCAACAAAUUCGAAUGGAUCCAUCAAGAAUACGAUUAGAUUUUCUUUCUUUCGAUGCUGAUACACGACAAACGACUUUCUUUGCUAUAUUUUAUAUCGAUGAUAUUUGUACGACUUUUUCACAUGGACAAACGAUUCAAUCAUUAGAACGUUUUCUUAAUCAAUACGUACCAGAUCGACAAAUUCAAGGGAUUACUAUUGAAACUAUUCUCGAACUUGUUACCUUCUUUCUUCAAAAUCAAUAUUUUCUAUAUAAAAAUAAAGUUUAUCGGCAAAUAAAAGGCAAUGGUUCUGACUCACCCUUAACCAUAAUUUUGAACAACAUCAAUAUGUAUUAUCAACAACAAAAUUUAGUCAAUAUUCUAUUUGAAAAAACUGAAAUAUUUGGCAAUUAUGUCCGUAUACAUGUUUCACUUAUUUGA